AUGAUGCGACCGCGUGACCCGCGGAUCCGUCAGCGGAUCAAUCAGAUCUCGCAUAACUUAGAGUCCGCCAACGAGUCCGCCCAAGAGGGUCUAUACACUUUCUCUCAGAACUACCUCACCCCAUGCCUGACCAGCAUUGGCAACUGUGUGCAGGCCUGCACGGCGCCAUGUCUGCCCAGCCGCGAGGACCAGCUACGUCGCCGUCGGCGCGGUCGUGCUGAGGCUAACUUUGACUUCUACGAUGAUUGGGAUGAUGAACAGGGUGAGGAGAGUUUGCUUGGAUGGGGCACUGGUGAGCUUGACCGGUUACUGGCGGGUAGCGGGCUUGCCCGUGGUGGCGUUGGUGGUGGUGCAGAGCAGCCGCGGCGACCGCGGAAGAUGAGCUAUGGGACUCGUCAGACGAGAAGGCGGAGCACGGUGCAUAUCCCCGAUAACCGCGCUGAUCCUACGGUUAUACCAAGCUCGUCGUUGAUUGGAUUUCUCGAGCGCUUUCCUUGGCGGUUUGGUGCCAAGGGCGUCAAGUAUUGGCCCUCUGUUGCUGAUCUGCAAGAACACCCGGGCAGUCACCGCCGGCAUACGGAGGAGGAUGAGCCAUUGAUGGAGGCUGCGGAAGAUGAUGGGGACUACGUGUCUUAUCAGAAUAAUGGAAGGGGGCGGAGCGGCACACAGUCCUCGCGAGGGACGUCGAAUUCGCUGAGCUCCCGGGGCGAUUUGUUCCCAAGUGACGAGGAAGAAGAUGCGGUUCCGCUGGAUGAUGAAUUUGCGCUGGUCUUUGGACGGCGAAACACGGGGUUGGAAUCGGAUGAUCAGUCUGGUACAAAGUCCGAGAUGGUCAGAUCGGCAUCGGGAACGUCAAGUCUGGCCGAUGCAUCGUCCAAGAAAUCCAAGCGGAAGAAAAAGAAGCGCUCAUCGACCAAGACAGCCAUGAGUGCGGACCAGGAUGUUGUUCACAGCAUCGAAACGCCGUCAAUUGCGGAUCUCAAAAUGGAAGAGGAGCAAGUGGCGCGUGAAGAAGAAUCCGCGGUCCAGCAAAAGCGACUCGCGGCACAAGAACUGGCUUUAAAGCGUGACCAGGAGCUUAGUAGUGCUGAUAUGUCCCUGAAAACCGCUAUGCCUGGAAACCAAGAAACUGAGCUCUCUUCAACGAACAGUCCCCAAUUAGAGGGACGAGAGGAGUCGUCAAAUAGGCUCACCCGGCAACCCAGCGAUUCGUCCGUUCGCCGGUACUCUGGAGACCAAAUCGAACCAUUCCCACCAUUCCCGGUAUCGGCAUCUUCUCUACCAACAACCUCACCUGGUACCGCUAAGGCUUCUCCUCGACCUGGCUCACUAAAUGCCGACAGCGGCACUGAAAACGACCAUGAAGUUGAUGGCGAAGCACCCCCGUUAAACUCAGCUGUGCUGUAG